AUGCUUGAUCACUGGCUCCGCGCUGCCGCCCCCGAGGGUCUCGUCAAGUUUUCCGUUUCAAGCUCAGCGGACUUUGGAUUGAAUGGACUGCUCUCUCUUCCACGCACAUUGACGACACUCAAGAUCAGUCGAUGUCCUCGAAUCAGCGGUGGGGUUUUGCAUCAUGGAUUUCAUCAUUUGUCGAAUCUGACUUCGCUAACCUUGUGUUCGGAACUACUCUUCACGGACGAGACUUUCUUGAUUGCGCUAAAGUCCCUGAGUCAACUGACGCGCUUUGUCUAUGUGUACCCAUGCGACGCUGUGCAGCCAGUAUGGAGAGACUUGUUCCGUUACUGUUCGUCGUGUGAGCUCUACCACCGUCGAGUUACGACCAAGACCUACAGCAGGACACUGAUAAUGCCUGAGCUCCCCGGCCAGAUUCAAGACUUUACGUUUGAGAUGGAUGAGCCGAGGUUCCAGGAGUUGCGAAUUGAGACCUUUGAGCAGAACCGACAUGGGUUGGACAGGAAGGAUAUCCGGUACGCGGUCACCUUGUGGAAGGCAGAUGAUCCAACAGCCGUACAGUCACCGACAACUCUUUGGUGUGGAUUUGAUUUGGCGCAAGACGAGGUUCGGUCGUGGUGGCCAGCCAACUUGACGCGACUCGACCUGUCAAAGUCCAUUGUCACAGGAUCGACGUUUGAUGUGCCCCCACAGCUGCAGGAACUAGUGAUUGCGUAUCCUUUGGAGCCCAACGAAAUGACGGCGACCGAAGGCGACGGAUCUGGAUUGUCUAUCGAGGAGAAGCAAUGGUACCCAGAGUCGCUCUCGACAUUGGAUAUUCGAGGAGUACCAUACCAUGUUCCAUGUGUCAUUCACGAUGAAUCUGAUACCAAAAUCAAAGGCUGGAUGGCAUAUAUUAACAGGAUGCUGAAGAUGGUGCCACGGCAGCUGGAGCAUUUGACGACCAGCAGCUUCCAGGUCCCUGAGGCGGAUUCGAUGACUGCGAUGAAAGAGCGUGUUCAGAACAACCUCAAGACAUGGAAGGUCCGAUUGCUUUGCCCCCAGCGACCUCGUCAGACGGGGUAUUCGAUGCUGCAACUUUAUGCUCCGUAUAUCUACGUGGAUGACGAAUCUGGCGAGGACGAGGAAGAAGAGGUUGAGGAGGAUAUUGCUGUCCUGUCAAGUGGAGACGACACGGACUCUGAUUCAUCUAUGGACUACAUGGAGUCGUUCCUUCGGCGAGGAGAAAUUGCGGCUGAUCGACUGCGCCGCCGGCGCCAGCGAGCACAGCGACAAGCUCGACCGACAAUGGGACAAACCCGUCCAUUGGGCCAGACGACGAGCCAUCAGGGAAGCCAGGGAGUUCAGGCAGCGAUGGGAUCAUUGUCGGCGGCAGAAAAGUAUGAUGUAACACCUGUGAUGCUUCGGCAGGCAGUCAAGAAUAUGAAGGUAUUGGACUCGUUGGAGGUGUAUGUAAACUAUCAACAUUAUCGACUCUGUCGUGCCAAUUGGAAGGGCAACUUGGGUUUGUCUGAACCACCACCCGUCAUUGCCUUACCGACACCCAACGUCAACAACGAGGAGGAGGGAGAUGGUGAUCAUGUCGGCCAGGGUGAGGCCCACCCACGAAAGAAGCUAAAGUCAAUCUUGAAACGACCAACUGGUACUGCAUCGGGCGGAUCUACUCCUGCUGGAUCGCCUGUAGACCAAAAGGGCAAAGGGCGAGCCCACGAUGAUCCCAAGGGGAAGGGAAGAAAGGCAGACUUUUCAUCCCAGCACCCAAAAGCGUCUUGGGUUGGAAUUGGAGGACUUGAUGGGGUGUUGGAAACGGGACGACAGGACAAGGGCAAGGGCGUCAAGAGAGGCUAUGAUGAUGGCGAUCGUGAUCUUGAUGGUCAAUUACGGACUUUGGCGGUGACUACGUCUGUGACCGGUAUCGGAGGAAAUGUUCGAGGAGGCGGAAGAGGAGCAGCAAAGACGUCGCUUCGAUACUGGGAGAACUCCUGUUGCGGCGAGCGUUGCCUUGGCUGGGGACGCGUUCAUUUGGACUAA